AUGUCUUCCACCACCGCUGCGGCAAGUACGAUCGCCCGAGGCGUGCAAAAAUUGUUCGUGGGCAACCUCCCGUGGACUGUCAGUACGAAGGAGCUCAAAACGUACUUCUCCAAGUAUGGCCAUGUCCAUUCGACGAACGUAAUCUAUGACAAAACGACCGGAAUCAGUCGUGGGUAUGGAUUCAUUGUGUUCAGCACGCGCGAAGGCUUCACCAAUGCCACCAACAGCCGGUCGCACGUGCUCGAGGGACGUGUACUGGACUUACAGCCUGCCUCUUCUUAACAUUUAAGCGUAGUAUACGGACACAUUUCGAAGGAAUUGUUUAAAACCAUCGCAAUGUAAUCGAAUGUAUGAUUUCAUUGAAUAGACAUUUUUUAUCUAACCCUCAA